AUGAGCUUCACCUUGAGAAGAAGUCAGUCUCUUAAGAGCCUCUCUGGAGGUCAUAGCUCUUGGUCUACAACAGAGAUCCAGGUGUGGGACAAAAGGAGGUCUGUGUCUCAGCUUGUCGAAAAGUAUGAAAGCUGUGUAGAGCUCACAGAUAUUGGGAGAGAAGACGCCUUGUUCAAGUCAUCUGGCCUCAUAAGAUCAAACCAUGGUGAGACUCAAGAGAGUAAAGUUGAAACUCUCUGGAGGAGAUAUGAGUCCCUCAGUGGGGCAAAUCACAAUUUGUCCAGAAGUAUUUCUAUGGACAUGCUGCCCCAGCCAGACCGUUUGGUCACUAAUGCAUCAAGGUCCCUGUUUGAGACAAAGAACGCCCAGCAACAGUACUAUACCUGCAGCCCUCGGCUCAACGUCACACCACAGGCCAAAAGCAGCCCUGUGAGGAGGGAGAAAGGAUAUUCUAGUGCUACCACUGUCAUUACCGUCAAAAAGGACAAGGCUCAUCAGGACAAAACCUUUGAGACAACGAGAAGGAGGACUGGCAGUGGGGUUCCUGGAUAUGUCACCCAAUCCUCCCGAGGAUUAAAUGAUGAGAAGAGACGUUUUAAGGCAGACCUGAAAGAAUCUUCCUAUCAAGAAUACAAACAGACAUACACAUACUCUCCUACCCCGACUGUGAAAGACAGAUCUGCCCUUUACCUGUCAAAGGUAGCAGCUGCAGACUUCUCAGGAUUUACCGAACAGCAAGGCAGUGUGAUCCAAGAACACUUUGUCUCAAGUGGAAGGAAGAAACAAAGCAAGAUGGCAGAAGUAGCCAAAGAGAUAAAAGUGGCAAAUGCAGCCAGUGGAGAUGAUGAUUUACCUCCCCCUCUACCACCACUACCAAGACCUCAGGUUCUGGUGUCAGUUCAGCAGGAUCUAAGUCAGAACGUCCUUCCUGUGCCACCACCAAAAGAAACAUUCACAGAGUUUUACCAGCAACGACAAAAAAGUGAACUGAAACGGCUUUUUAAACACAUUCAUCCCGAACUGAGGAAGAAUUUUGAUGAUGUUGUAGAUGAUGAACUGAUAGAAGCAAUAAACCCCCAAGCAGUAGAUACAGCAUAUCAGGGAGAGGUCCAAUCAAUGCGUUGGAUAUUUGAGAACUGGACACUUGACAAUAUUGGAGGCCCGCAUGAAACUAAAAAAUUACUUGAUGAGGAAACUCUUCAUGGUGGGGAUGUGAGGGGAAAAUCCUCCUUGUUUGAGCAUUCAACGUUGAACAGUCAACACACAACAGUUGGUGAGAGACCGGGUCUAGUUAAAGGAGAUGUUCGCGCAGCCACCUGGUUAUUUGAGACGCAGCAUCUAGAUUCAAUCAGUAGGUCAAAAAUGGAGGAUGAGGAAUUUGUGGAGGUUGUACUGAAGGAACCUAUUCAGAAGGGAGAUGUGAGAGGUGCACAUCUCCUGUUUGAAUCCAAGCCAUUGGAUGCCUUAGGCCGCUGCUGUUCUGUUGAAGAUCAGCAUUUCCUAACACUGAAAUCAGAACUCCAGGAAAAUAAAGGAGAUGUGAAAAAAACUGUCAAGCUCUUCCAAGCAGAUCCCUGUUGUGCACUUAGGGAUAUCAGUGGCAAUAUCCAUGAGAUAAAGUCAAUUUGUAGAGAGGAAAUCCAGAGCAGUAACUUCAAAACAGCACGUUGGCUGUUCGAAACUCAACCGUUGGAUCUCAUUAAUAAAGGAACAAAUGGUGUGCAAAUCAUUCGGGGGAUCUCACUUGAGGAAGCCCAGAAGUGUGGUUUUGAAAAGAAGAGAUGGAUGUUCGAGACCCAGCCACUUGAUGCAAUUCAUGAAGGUGUUGUGGAAGAACAAAAGUUCCAAGGAACUGUGGAGGACUUCUCGGGGGAAACAGAUGUUCAUAACACACUAAAGCUUUUUGAAAACCAGCCCCUAUCAUCACUUAAAGGAGAGUCCAUGGGUGAAAGCUUGGAGAAGGAGGCAGUUGUUGGAGGAAAUGUAGAAUCCACCCUAUGGCUUUUUGAAACACAGCCCAUGGACACUCUGAAAGACAGCUAUGAAGUGGGACAACUCACAAAAGUUGUGGUGUUGAGCAAUGAAAAAGGAGAGGUUAAAGACAAAAAGCAGAAAUUUGAGAAGAUCGGUGCAUGUAAAAUGACACUUGACAGAGGGAGCAAAGUUGAAGAAGAAGAGAGAGGAGAUGUAAAGACUUUCAAGAAUCUGUUUGAAACCAUACCUCUUAGUCACAUCUCUGACUCUGAGAAUACACAAACUCAAGUCAAUGGCAUUAUUGCUGGGGAUGUCAAAAGCAACCGUUCACUGUUCGAAACCACACCAUUGUAUGCAAUUAAGGACUGUGCUGGAAAUUUCCAUGAGGUAACAACUGUCAGUCGAGAAGAAUGCAUAAAAGGGAAUGUACAGAACUACAAAUUGAUGUUUGAGACAAAACCUUUAGACCAGUUUGAAGAAGGUAAUGAAAAAAUAGAGGUCAUCAAAGGCAUUACAAGGCAAGAAGACAUGACAGGUGAUGUGAGAACAGCCAAAUGGAUGUUUGAAACACAACCUUUGGAUUACAUACACUUAAAAUUCAAUCAGUCAGAAGUGGAUUCAACUGUACCACAUGAAAAAUUACAAAAGGGUAAUGUGAAGACAUGCAAAUGGCUGUUUGAGACACAACCAAUGGACAUUUUGUAUGACAAAUCAGAGAGAAACCAGGAUGUACAAGUGGUUCCUAAAGCUAAUGUGAAGUCACACACUUGGCUUUUUGAAACACAGCCAUUGGAUAACAUUAAAGACAAAGAGGAAUUCAGUUUGAAAUUAUGCAGUACUGUGCAGGAAGAUGUAAAAAGUGACGUGAAUGUGAAAACAGUGAAACACCUUUUUGAAACCGAGACUUUGGACAGGAUAACAAAGCGAACAGAUUCGGUCCAAAAUAUUAGAUAUGUCAGUCAAGUGGAUGUUCAGUCUGGAGAUGUCUCACAUGUCAAAGAAAUUUUUGAAUCCAAGUCACUCGAUGAAAUAGGAAGCAAGUGCAUCAACGAGUCAAACGUUGAGGAGCAGAACAAAGAAAUCCAGUCAGGAUCAGUCCAUAAAUUCACUUGGCUGUUUGAAAAUCAGCCUAUCUGUGACAUCAGUGAGAAGGAAGAUGGAAUAACUCGCAGUGUCAAUGAUGUUGAGGGUGGUGAUGUUGGAGGCAAGAAGUUCAUUUUUGAAACAUUUUCUCUUGAUAAAAUCCAAGAUAAAAACCAACUACUUGAGCACCAGUCAAUGAGUGUUGAGAAGCUAAUGAGCGGUAGCGAUAAUGUGAAGUCCAGCACAAUGCUGUUUGAAUCUCAGCCUCUGUAUGCUAUAAGAGACAAAGAUGGACAGUUUCAUGAAGUUACCACAGUGAGGAAAGAGGAAAUGGUGAGAGGAGAUGUAAGGGGAGCAAGGUGGAUGUUUGAAACCAAGCCAAUUGAUACCAUUCAAGCAGACAAAGAAAUUUACGUAAUUCGUGCAGUUACUCAGGAGGAUGUGCUCAAGGGUGACGUGAAAUCAGCACGAUGGAAGUUUGAGACACAACCCCUGGACUCCUUCACCCCUUGUGAAGGGCCUUCAGUAAGGGUUGUGGAAGAUAUAGGCCAUGGACAAAAUGUGCAACAAAGCAAACAACUUUUUGAGACUGAGAAAUUAGCCCAAAAUAAGUAUGUGAGAAUGGUGAGUGUCACAGAUGUACAACAAGGUGAUGUACGCACUUCCACCUGGCUCUUUGAGAAUCAACCAAUUGAUACUCUAAAAGGUGAACCACAUGAGCAGAAUACCUUGAAAACUGUGCAUCGAGAGGAUAACACAAAGGGAGAUGUGAAACGAUGCACUUGGUUAUUCGAGUCACAGUCUCUGGAUAAAAUAAAGAACAAUGAAUCUACUGAAGAAUUUGUUUCGAAGGAAGAAAUUCCCAAGGCAGAUGUUAAAAGCACCACCUGGUUAUUUGAGACCACACCACUGGACAAAAUCACAGUGGAAAGCGUGACAGACAUACUCUACCGCCUUUGCCAUAAUUCAUUUAUUCAUUCGAAUGGAAUCAUUAUCCAGGCAUAUGAUUAUAAAUAUGUAAACAUGGCAAAAUAUCAGUUUGUGAACAAUAUGGAUCCCAAAGUUCAAAAUGAGGAAGUUGUUGAAGGAAACAUCAGGAACAUAAUGCUACAGUUACUCUUCAGACCAAACCUGAAAUCUAAGGUUGUUCUCCUUAAAGAGGAUGAACAAGGCAAGGUACACAGCACAGUGCUGGAAAUUCCAUUUCAACAGUCUGGAUCCGCAGAAAACCCAAACGCAGAGUGCAAGACUCAAGAAGCAGUUAAAAUCAUUGAGAACUUGCUGGUGCAACAAAAAACAAUCAAGACAGGCUUGAUAAUGCAAGAAUCUGAAGGAGGCCAGCCAGAGAUGACAGUCUAUUCCCUCCUGUGUCAAAGAAGCAUGGCAACUGAGUCUCAUGAUGUCACUCGAGGAGACGUCAAGUCCACCAUUGGCAGCCUCCUUGCCACAGUCCACAGCCAGCAGACAAAAGCGUCUUGCAGAUUGGAAGAAAAUGAGAGGGGGAAUGUUGAUUUGUAUAGAAACUGCAUUGAAAAGGGUGACCUUUAUUACCUUAAGGGACUACAGCAGGAGCUGUCUGAGGAACCAACAUGCUCCUGGAAAGAGGAAAUUGAAAUUGUUCAAGGGGAUGUAAAGGAAGCAAAGAAACACCUCAAUCAACAAAGGGAACAAGUUGAAAGAACCAUCUUGGAUGUCGUACCAGGAGAUGUAAAGAGCGUUAAAAAGAUUUUCUCAGAGGCCUGCACAGACCUUGCCGUUGGAAACGGCGUACCAAAGGAGGAGAUAAUCAGAGGCAAUGUUUUGUCUGCCAAGCAGCAGCUUGGUGAGGCACUCAAGCAGCCCUUCAUGGUACAGAAAGAAGAAAUAGUGUCUGGGGACAUUAAAGCCUCACUUGAAUCCUUGGAACGGGCAAAGCAACAAAGUAUGUACUUGGAACGUGAGGUCAUCGUACCAGGAACCAUUUACGAUCUAAAUGUAGAAGCACAAGAAAUGUGCUUGGAUGACAAUGAAAGAAAAAUAAUGAAGGAUGAAAUCAUUUCAGGAGAUGUUAAAGCAGCCAAAAUGUCCCUGGAGAGGGCAAAGAACCAAAGCAUAAGAGUAGAACGAGAACCUGUUACUCCUGGAAAGUUAUGUAAUCUAAACGAUGAUCUAAACGAAUCAUCUCAGGAACAAAAUACCUCAACAGUGCAGCAGUCUACAACAUCAUCCUCAAGUAACCAGCGGAUUACUACAACAUUUCGAAAGGUUAGUGACACAGAGAAGGAUCAGAGAUCCACUGAAAGAGUAUGUCAUCAGAAUGAAGUGGGAAGGAGAGAAGAUGCUAUAGGUGCUAGUACAGACAAUAGCUCAGUGGGGCUAGAUAUCAAUCCUCAGCUGUCUGAGAUAGAGUCAGAAAUUAUAAGAGGGGAUGUGAAGGCUGCUAUUCAGUCUUUACAAUGUGCUGCAACAGAGCAGAGAAGUGUAGACAGAGAGGAAAUUGUAAGAGGUAACAUGCAAGAGACUCUCCAGUCUCUGGAGAGGUCUAGCAUUAACAUUAAAGGGGAUUACAAGGCAGCAAUGUUAUAUAGAAAAUCUGGACAGUCUUACACACAUAGCAAAGUGAAAAAUGACUCAGGGACUCAAGAAUGCAAGCAGAGUUUUGUUUAACCUUUGCCCAUAUCUGAUGCUGAAUUGUUUUCUUCGGUUUCAGUGACUGGCAGUGAGCAUCUGACCCUCUUGGCACUGAACUCAGAACCUAUGAUUAGUUCCAACUCUGACAACUCAAACCAGCUUUUUGCAAGUCAUGGCAAACAUCCACCACCUAUCCCUCCAAAAACUGGUCAUCAGGUUAAAGAUCAGAAACCAGUUAUUCCACCAAAACCAUUGCAUAUCACCACUAAUUCUGAAUAUAUUGCAGAAAUCCCACAUAUUUGUCAAAGCUCAUCUGAGCCUGUUAUUAAUAACCCACAGAAUCCAGUAAUCCCACCCAAAAUGAUACCCAGCAAGAAAACUGUCUUGCAUAAAAACGAAACUUGGAAUUUUGAAAGCCCAGAGACUUCAAACCAAAUUAAAGACAAGUUUCACAACAGUAAUGAACCAGUUGAGAGUACAAAAGAUCCUAUGGAUAUUCAAAAAAUGCAAUAUACUCAGCAAUGGGUUCAAAACUCCCACAUGGAACAUAUGGACACCCUGUCGGUCAGUAAAAUAGAGAAUGUUGAUGAUAAUUCCAUUGCUUGUAAUACAGCAGGAAUAGAGAAAAAUGUAAUUCAGAAGAUAAAUGCUGCUGAAGAAAUCAGGAUGUGUAUGCAGAGUUACUCAAAGGACAAGAAAGAAAUUAACAUGGGAUUUAAGGUUGCACUUCAGAAUUUUGGAGAAAGGAAAACAGCAUCUGUAGACAAUAUCUCAUCUUUCCCAAAGAAAAUUAAAGUUGUGCCAAAUGAAAUCACCCCAGAACAAGCAAAAGGCUUUAGAAACAACACAAAUGGAGUUGACCUAUACUUGCCCAGACAAGAUAAUAGUGGAGAGACCUCUACAACACCUGAAGAACUGCCUGUAAAGAUUAAUAACCCUGAGAAGAAAGUAGUUUUGAGAGAAAAAAAAGCAAGGAGAGAGACUGAAGAUGAGCGCCGUCAGAGGCUCUCCGUCCACAAAGAGGAGAUGAUGAGGGACAAUGUAACAGCAGCCAUGGAGAUCUUUGAAAAUAUCAUGAGACGAGAGGAACUGAAAAUAAUUCUGUCAAAAGUUCAAAAAAUAGAGGGGGAGACCUCUGAGUUGGAUGUCAAAUCUUUGAAGACGUUAUUUGUGAAUGUGCCUGCUUGGAUUGCCAAUACAAAAAAGAACACAAAACAAAGACACAAUCCAAGGGAGACAAGAGCUGGCACAGAGACAGAGUGGUUGAGAGAUGAUUUAGUGUUUCCUCUGUUCAACUUGAAAGAACAGACAUUAGCUAAACCUUUGGACAUUGAGGAGGCGAUUAAAAAGGCUUUAUAUUCUAUUUCAAAUUUGAAGUCUGAGGCAGACAUUGCUGGGUUGUCAGGCCUAUUUAGUGAAUCCUUAAAUUCUACUAUUAAAAUGAGGAAAAUAAGCAUUGUGUCCAGCAAAGCAAAACCUGUACAAUCUAAACAGGUACAGAGCACUGAUAACAAGGAUGAGAAACCCUUUUCAGAGCUGCCAAAAGAGGUACAUCAGCUGGAGAAAACAUGCUCAAAUCUCCCUUCUUCCCCUUCCUUUAUUUCCAUUCAUUCUGCUGCAAGAAAACCCCCACAGUCUUCCGCUGAAAAAAGCUCUGCCAGCCACAUUUGUGGCCCUCAAAAUCCUAGAAGGAAAGUCAGCAUUCUUAAAGUACAAACAGUUCCUGAGGUUGCAAGUGGAAUCAUUGGAAUUAAAACCGUCAGUUAGAAAUAUGAAGAGAUAGAUUGCUUCUGGAAUAAAUACUUCUCCCAGAGAUCUACAUUUGUUACAAGACAGUCUGAGACAGAAUUGUCCUCCUCAAAUGAUGUUGUUACCAAUCCAGGGAGGUAUGAAGUAGUAACUCUACCCAUUUUGCAAAGGUCUGGCCACACCUUCUCUUCAAAUUCUGCCUGUAAAAGGAAAGACAGCAAAGUGUUUGUUACUUUUGAUCAUCUAAACACAGAAAAACAUUAAUCUGGCAGUUCAUUCCUUUUGAAACAAUAUUUUUUAGGUUAUAUCAUAUUCAUCUCAAUUGUUUCUUUAAAAUACAUACAUAUUAGCUUAAUAAUCCUCAUUUUUGUGUGUACAAUUAAAAGUUUUAUUGUGAUGCUUGAUCUAUUUAAAGUUGCUAUAUGUAAGAUUGACAACAAGUGUUUGAAAUGGGUACUGCAGUCCAAAUUCAAAAUAUUGUAGAUUUGUCUGCCCCGCCCCAGACUUGAAGUUCAUGCGGGUUGCUAGAAUGUUGACAUGCAAAUUAGCCAACUCAGCAUCCGUUUAAAGGAUUUCUGGGCUUUAAGCUGUCUUCAUCUUCCAAAGGCAUCUCCAGUGUUUAUCCUUGUUUUACUACGCCUCUGGUCAUGGUGGUUUUUAGACGGAUGGCGAGGCUUUUUAGGUCGGGUGGAAUCUGUUAUCUCUGAUCCAGUUUGUUUGCUGGCUUCCAUGGCUGCAGCAUGCAGUGUAAAGAUUUCUUUAAUGACAUAUUAUGGUCAUUUUAUGAUUUAGUACAGUAAAAAUAUUACAUAUAGCACCUUUUAAAAAGUUGAGUAAGAGCAAGGAUUUUUGUACUGUUGCAACUAAGUGUAAAAGUUUUUUUGAUAAAUAUUUUUUUGUUUGUUUCAUAAACUGUAUAUUAAUUAACUUAAAAAUAAAAUAUUUCA